CCUGUGGCCCCGCAGCGGCCCGGCGCGGGCCCGAUGAGCGGCGGCCUCGGCCUCCGGCGCAGCCCGGAAAUGUCCGGCAAGAUCGAGAAAGCAGACUCUCAGCGUUCUCAUCUCUCCUCCUUCACCAUGAAGCUGAUGGACAAAUUCCACUCACCCAAAAUCAAGAGAACGCCAUCAAAGAAGGGAAAACCAGCUGAGGUGUCUGUGAAGAUUCCAGAGAAGCCUGUGAACAAAGAGGCAACAGACAGAUUUCUACCAGAGGGCUACCCUAUCCCCUUGGAUCUGGAGCAGCAGGCAGUAGAAUUUAUGUCCACCAGUGCUGUGGCUUCCAGGUCUCAAAGGCAGAAGAACCUGAGCUGGCUGGAAGAGAAAGAGAAGGAAGUUGUCAGUGCCUUGCGCUACUUUAAGACCAUUGUGGACAAAAUGGCUAUUGAUAAGAAGGUACUGGAGAUGCUUCCAGGGUCUGCCAGCAAGGUGCUGGAGGCCAUCUUACCCCUGGUGCAGAGCGACCCUCGAAUUCAACACAGCUCAGCCCUCUCCUCCUGCUAUAGCCGAGUGUACCAAAGUCUCGCCAACCUCAUUCGUUGGUCUGACCAAGUGAUGCUAGAAGGUGUGAACUCAGAAGAUAAAGAGAUGGUGACAACUGUGAAGGGGGUCAUCAAAGCCGUGCUGGACGGAGUGAAGGAGCUGGUCAGACUUACCAUCGAGAAGCAGGGGCAUCCGUCUCCAACAAGCCCAGUGAAACCCAGUUCCCCAGCCUGCAAACCCGACGGCCAGUCUGAGCUCCCCCUGACAGAUCGAGAGAUGGAGAUUCUAAACAAGACGACCGGCCUGUCGCAGUCGGCCGAGGGGCUCCCAGAUUCCACGGAUGAAGAGGUCGCGCCCCCCAAACCCCCCUUACCUGGCAUUCGUGUGGUUGAUAAUAGUCCUCCACCAGCAUUGCCACCGAAGAAGAGACAGUCGGCUCCAUCCCCUACCCGAGUGGCCGUCGUGGCCCCCAUGAGUCGAGCCACCAGUGGCUCCAGUUUGCCUGUUGGAAUUAAUAGGCAGGAUUUUGACGUGGACUGUUACGCACAGAGACGACUGUCGGGAGGCAGCCACUCAUAUGGCGGCGAGUCGCCCCGCCUGUCCCCCUGCAGCAGCAUAGGCAAGCUCAGCAAGUCGGACGAGCAGCUGUCCUCUCUGGACAGGGACAGCGGGCAGUGCUCCCGGAACACAAGCUGUGAAACACUAGAUCAUUACGACCCUGACUACGAAUUCCUCCAGCAAGACCUCUCUAACGCAGACCAGAUACCUCAGCAAGUGGCCUGUAACCUCAGCCCGUUGCCAGAGUCCUUGGGGGAGUCUGGGUCUCCAUUUCUUGGCCAUCCUUUCCAGUUGCCUCUGGGCAGCUGUCCCCAGCCAGAGGGGCCCUCGGCCCCAGGGCAGCAGAUGGACGUGCCGCCUGCUCUUCCCGAGAAGAAGCGCAGGAGCGCGUCCUCCCAGACGGCGGACAGCUCUGGCUGCAGGGCGUCCUACGAGCGGCACCCCUCGCAGUACGACAACAUCUCCGAGGAGGACCUGCAGAACCCGGCCUCGGUCCAGUCCGUCCCCUUCACGCCCUUUGCUGCUAUUCUUCCCUUUCAGCAAGGAGGUUCCUCAGCCUCUGUCGAAUUUGUGGGUGAUUUCACUGUUCCUGAAUCAACGGGUGACCCAGAAAAACCUCCUCCUCUACCAGAGAAGAAAAACAAACACAUGCUGGCCUACAUGCAGCUGCUCGAGGACUACUCGGAGCCGCAGCCCUCCGUGUUCUACCAGACGCCGCAGAAGGAGCACGUGUACCGGCAGAAGAACAAGCUGCUCAUGGAGGUGUACGGCUUCAGCGACUCCUUCAGCGCCGGGGACGCCCCGCAGGAGCUCGCCCCGCCCCCCGCCCUGCCCCCCAAGCAGCGGCAGCUGCAGGCCUCCUAUGCUGCUUCUUCCUUCUCCUCUGUCUCCUACUGUGUCCAGCAAACUAAAGUGGCCUUCACUCCCGAGGACGGCAGUGCCACUCAGGGCAUCAGUGUGUCCGUCUCUAACUCCUUUCUCAGCCGGCACGGCAACUUGCCUGUGCCCUCGUAUAAAUCUGUGUUUAGGUCCUACUCCCAGGAUUUCGUGCCUCACAGCCAAGCUUCCGUCCAGCCUUUCCUCCCGUCUACCUCCUCUUCCUCUCCACAUUUCCCACCUGUGCACCAGUCUCAGAGCUCUGACUUAGCGGUGCCAACCGUAGCCAGUCCGCCUCCCAGCACCCUGGACGGGCCUCUCUCAUCUUCUCAGGAGAGCAGCUUUCAUGGGAACACUGUCUGCCUUCCUUCCGAAACCUCUUUCACUGACUCGCCCCAGACGCCUUCGAGCGAACGCGCCAGUGAGGGUGAAUCCGUCAGUCUGUAUGCCUCUGGCCAGAGCAGCGAGGACACUGCCUUCUCUUCUCAGGAAUCACCAGCGUCGAAGGACGGACAUCCCAGAGACGCCUCUUCGGCCGGCAGUGCACCUGGGAAGGAAAGCAGGGACGGCGGGGACAGGGCCCUGAAGUCACCAGAUGCUCCAGAGGCUCAGUCGGAGGAGGAAGUAGACGAGCUGUCCCUCAUUGACCACAAUGAGAUCAUGGCAAGGCUGACGCUCAAGCAAGAGGGCGACGACGGACCAGACGUCCGGGGAGGAUCUGGUGACAUCCUACUGGUCCACGCUACUGAGACGGACAGGAAAGAUCUGGUGUUGUACUGUGAGGCCUUCUUGACCACCUACAGGACCUUCAUCACCCCUGAGGAGCUCAUCAAGAAGCUGCAGUACAGGUACGAGAAGUUCUCUCCUUUUGCUGACACAUUCAAGAAGCGCGUCAGCAAGAACACGUUCUUCGUGCUGGUACGGGUGGUGGACGAGCUCUGCCUAGUGGAGUUGACGGAGGAGAUCUUGAAGCUGCUGAUGGAGCUGGUCUUCCGCCUGGUGUGCAGCGGGGAGCUCAGUCUGGCCCGUGUGCUCCGGAAGAACAUCCUGGACAAGGCGGAGCAGAGGAGGCUGCUCAGGUGUGCCGACUCCGACCAGCCCCUGGCGGCCAGGGGCGUGGCAGCCAGGCCCGGGACCUUGCAUGACUUUCACAGCCAUGAGAUAGCCGAGCAGCUGACACUGCUAGAUGCCGAGCUUUUUUAUAAGAUAGAGAUUCCUGAGGUUUUGCUUUGGGCAAAAGAGCAGAACGAGGAGAAGAGCCCCAACUUGACCCAGUUCACGGAGCACUUCAACAACAUGUCCUACUGGGUCCGGUCAAUCAUCAUGUUACAGGAAAAGGCCCAAGACAGGGAACGGCUGCUCUUGAAGUUCAUCAAGAUCAUGAAGCACUUACGGAAGCUGAACAACUUCAACUCCUACCUGGCCAUCCUCUCGGCGCUGGACUCGGCCCCCAUCCGCAGGCUGGAGUGGCAGAAGCAGACCUCAGAGGGCCUGGCGGAGUACUGCACGCUGAUUGACAGCUCGUCCUCCUUCCGCGCCUACCGGGCCGCCCUCUCGGAGGUGGAGCCGCCGUGCAUCCCAUACCUGGGGCUCAUCCUGCAGGACCUCACCUUCGUUCACCUGGGAAACCCAGACUAUAUUGACGGGAAGGUGAAUUUUUCCAAACGGUGGCAGCAGUUCAACAUCCUGGACAGCAUGCGGUGCUUCCAGCAGGCGCAUUAUGACAUCCGGAGAAACGACGACAUCAUAAAUUUCUUCAACGACUUCAGUGACCACCUGGCCGAGGAGGCGCUAUGGGAACUCUCUCUGAAAAUCAAACCCAGGAACAUAACACGGAGGAAAACAGACCGGGAAGAGAAGACCUAGGAGCAGGUGCCGCAAGCGAGGAGAACUCGAGAGGCUCAGAGGGCCGCUCCGAGGCCGGAAGGGACUUUGGACCUGUUACGUGGCGGUGGCACGUGUCCUGGCCUCAGAGCCACCGGGCCCAUCCAGGCCGCUGCUGUGCCGGGCAGGCGUCCGGAGCUGCAGCAGCUUCCUGCCCCUCCUCCGCAGGAGCAGACCCCCGGCCCGGGGGAGCCAGCGGGCGGUCUCACUGCUGAUUUGUGAACUGGGGGUUGGGUUUGGUUUUGGUUUCUGCUUUUGCUCUGUCUUCCGCUCUCCCUCUCCCCCCUCCCCCCUCCCCCCAAGCCUGGGAGCAGUGCAGGAACUUCAGCAGCAGCCCAGGAGGGUGGGAAUCUUCCGAAUCUCCUGAAAUGACAGAUGAGGAGAGGCCCCAGGACCCUCGGGGCGGGGGCUGCUCUCCCCGUGACCUUCAGUUGGGUGGGCAGAAAGUAGAGGAGACCCAGGGAAGACUCCUUUCACUUUCCAUGUCCUACUUUUUAAGUGGAGGAUGGUGUGAGCUUCUCACCUGGCCCAGAAGGGUACAGCAGGUGGCCUUUCAGCAGCCCUGGGGCUGGUGCUCCUGUCGCGGUACUGGCCCGCCCUUGCUGGGUCACGAGCAGCAGCCGUGGCUGUCAUGGUUUCGCCCCUUCACUUCCUCCGCCCCGUCCCACCGGCCCUCGCCAUCCUCUGGCACCGUGGGAGCUGGGAAAGCAGCAGCUGGAAAGGAAGGACUUGACCAUCCAAGAAACACACUUUAUCUGAGCUGGGGCCAGUAGCUCUUGGUGAGUUAAUCCAGAGAGAGGGGAGAGGGGAGGGGCAUUUCUGUCGGGAGCCCCCUCCUCUGUCGCUUGCCGUGUGCCUUAAACUCCAUCUCCUAUCCGUCCCGCCCUGCGGGCUCCCCUCCUCCCUUGCGCUGAGCCUGGUGGGCCCAAAGGGGCUCCUCUUUGCUCAUCAGACCUUCUGCCAGCCUGACCGGCUCUCCCGUGGGAAGGACAGGGUGUCCCUGCGAGGCCAGGGGCCUGGCGCAGAGGCGCCCCCUGGGGUUGGCGGCCACGGCUCACCUGCCACACGGCAGCGAGGCGCAGCGUCUUCAGGAGCAGGUGCUCUUUCCAUCCUCCUCCUUCAGAACCACUCCCGCUGCUGAGGUUGACAAUCUGAGGUGAGGUCUGCAGGGGCUCUCCACACCCACUGGCCUCCGUGCCAGCCAGACGUGGGCCUGCGGGCAGGCUGCCAUCAGAAUCCGGACUGCUGCCCCCAGGCCGCCCGCCUCCUGUUUCGUUCGUUUUACAUAAUUGAGAGCUCACUUCUCCUGGGUUUGGGACUUGGGCAGGCGAACACCAGGCUCAACCCGGGCUUAGCCCAGUUUAAACAAAACAGAAGAAAAGUAGAAAGCAACAUCUGUUAACUGUUUAAAGAAACAGCCACGUCACUUUGAGUCCUUCAUGGGUCUUUGAACAGCUUUUAUCAAGAAGCUGUUUGUUUGUCCUGUGCACAGAGGGGAGGAAUCUGUGAAAUGUCAGUUACGACCCCUCAGGCAGCGAUCCUGCGGCAGCGGGCGGAACGCGUCACUUUAUUAUUUAAAAAGAGUGUGUGUAUAGAGUCGCUGGUUAUGAACAAUAUUGUGUGUGGGGUUGGGUUUUAGUUUGUUCCCGCUUUUUUAAGUCCUCUCAUUUCAGUCUUUCCCUCCUUCCCACCUUCCUCCUGGCCUGGCCCUGCGCUGCUGCUGCUGCGGUGUGCAGCCGCCGUGUGCUCAGGGCCCAUGGGCUGUGUGGACUGCGGUUCCCUGGGGCCUCCCUCCAUAGGCGGGCAACUGCCGACGCCGCGCUUCGGGCUCAGCGUCCCAGCCGCGAGCUGGACGGGGCUCGGGGGCUUCACCGUCCCUCAAUUCAGAACAGACCCUGCACCCACACCUCCCCUCCUUGCUGGGAGCCCCGGCUCUGAGCCGAGGCACUGGGCAGGCAGUGCAGGUGGACAGGGGGGCCGGCGUGGCCAGGUGACCCUGCAUGAGGACAGCAGGUGCAAUGUGUGUUUUAACUUAUUGGCUGACAGGCUUCCCCACUUUGACCUCAUUGAGACAUUCUGGCUCUGGGAGUUGCCAGCCUGGCUGUGGUUUGUCUGUCUCAGGGGCCAGAUCAGGUGUACGAAUCAGUCUUUACGACAAAGACACCCUCGGGAGGAUUCGUUCCCUGCAGAGGCAGUUCUCACCUGCAGGUGUGGGUGGAUCAGGGCAAGGGCAGGCACGCGCCAGGGCUGAAUUAAACCCCGAUUCUGAGCAGCGCCUCCCUCCCACGGCCCCGCGCCUCCCCAGUGUUACAUUGUAAUAUAUCCCCGACUAACCUGGCUGAUGGUGGCAUCUUCCUGCAGACAUUUCAAACCUGUAACUUUUAUAUGAAAGGAAAAUAAACACAGAUGAAAGCUGUG